GCAACCUGAACAUGGCCAUCCACUGAGUGAGAAUGGAAAAUGGCUUCCUUUGUAUUUAUUGUUAUCUCACCUGGACUUUUCUUCUUUUAGUUGCUGCAAUGCUUGGUCUUACCUCUACCAUAUCAUGCUCCCUCUUCAUCCUGUUUUCACCGACCUCCAAUGCUGCCUCCAAAGAUGACCUUGUGGUGAACACCAGCAGUGGUCCCAUCAAGGGCAAAUCUUUCACUGUUGGCUCUGGCUCUGUGAGAGCUUAUCUUGGCAUCCCCUAUGCAAGGCCUCCUUUGGGGAAACUGCGAUUCCAGAAGCCUCUUCCACAUCAGCCAUGGAGUCAAAUCUUCAAGGCCACCAACUUUGGAAAUGCAUGUUCUCAGUCAGUUCUUUCUCAAACACCUGAGGCAAAAAUGGUGAAUCCUAAUAGGCCCCUAUCAGAAGAUUGUCUCUUCCUCAACAUCUGGGUGCCCCAUCCACAGCCCUCUGUACCAAUUCCUAUCCUUGUCUGGAUACACGGAGGGGGCUUUGUUGCAGGUACAAGUUCUCUGGACUUGUACAAUGGGGCUUCCUUAGCUGUGACUGAGAAUGUCAUUGUGGCCUCCAUGAAUUACCGCCUGGGGUCUCUGGGCUUCAUUUACUUGCCACCAGCCGUCCCAGGAAACAUGGGUCUGUGGGACCAACACCUGGCCCUGACCUGGAUCAAGGAGAAUGCAGCUGCCUUUGGUGGAGAUCCAAAGCGGGUGACGAUUUUUGGCCACAGUGCUGGAGCAGCCUCUGUUGGCUUCCAUCUCCUUUCACCCAAAAGUGAGCCCCUUUUUGCCCAAGCUGUGCUUCAGAGUGGAGUUCCUAUUUCUUGGUUGAAUCCUGAGAACGCCAAGAACAAGUCCCUUGAACUUAGUCAGCUGAUGGGAUGUGGAGAAGGCAAUGAAAAUGAAAUCGUGAGCUGUCUUCAGGAGAAGGAUGCAAAGGAAUUUCCUCAAUAUGAAACAGCUCUGUUUCUGAAAAAUAAGUUUCUUUUGGAUCCUAUCUUUGCACCAACAGCAGAUGGGGAAUUUUUGACCGAUGAUCCUCAGAGUCUUUUGAAUUCUCAACGUGUUCAGAUCAAACCAGUUCUCACUGGUGUCACCUCAGAUGAAGCAGCUUCUUUGGUGGAUUUUAUUUCUCGUGUAAACAAUCACAGCCAAAUCACUCGGGAACAUUUUCUAAAUGUAUUAAGAAUUACAUUGCGAAAUGCAACUGAAGAAGAUAUUCAAGCUGUGGCCCUGAAGUACAGUAAAGAGAGUCAUGGCCCAGCAAAGUACCGUUCAGCCGUGGUGCAAUCUUUGGGUGAUUGUUUCUUUGUAUGUCCUGCAGCCAAAUUUGCUGGCCAGAUCAGAAAAGCUGGGAGUCCUGUGUAUGUUUACAUUUUUACACAUCACACCUCUGGUACUGUCUGGCCUGAGUGGGCAGGGGCCCCUCAUGGAGCUGAACUCAUUUAUCUGUUUGGAAGCUUUAAGGCAUCAUUUCAGGCCAACAAAACACACACAGUGGCAGAGGCAGCGCUCAGCCGUAGGAUAAUGCGAUAUUGGGCAGAGUUUGCCAGAACCGGCAAACCCACAGGAUCAGAGAAGAAAGGAGUGGAGUGGCCACUCUAUAAUGCUACACUGAAGAACUUCUUCAACCUUAGCACUCAGCCAGCUCAGGUUAUGCCGGUAUCGCCUACUCGACACUGCAAUCUUUUUGAAACGUAUAUUGCAAAUCCAAAGAAAUCAGAUGGGGCUUGAGAGUGGACAAUAGCCCUCCCCAUUGGGAACUCGAAUUCUCCAGAAGCCAGGAGCUGUCUCCUCUCUGCUAAGAUGAGCCAUUUUUGGCCUUGAAAAUAACAAGAUAAGAAAAUGAGCUAAUGUAGAAAGUGUCUCCUAAUUAAAAGAACAAAGGACACAAAUAAAGUGUAAGAUAUCAAUAAUAUGCAUGUUGUAAUCUCACCUUUUUUCGCUUUUGAACAAUUAUGCUAGAAAUUAACUGAGAAAUGUCUCAAAGGGCACCAUUGCAUUAUUUUACCUAUAAAUGUAAUUGUAGCUCCAUCAUUGAUUGUUCCAGCUUGCUCGGCACUCAUGGGGUCCUAUAUACGAUCCCCCCCCCUUUUUCUUUGUUACUUUUCCAAAAUAAAUCAUUUCUCUUGA